AUGAACAGAAUAGCCCUCAGAGCCCAAAGAGGCUCAAGGUCGCAAGGAGCCGUCUGCCAAUUCUGCCAAUUCUCAACUGCGACACCGCGACGCCUUCCCUUUGCCCGGUUGCCCACCACGACCCAAAGCCGACUCUCGAACAAUAAGUCUGCGCUGCAGCUGCCAAGUUAUACUCGAUCCCCAUUAUCCUACCCGCUCAUCAAUUCGCGUACCUUCGCAUCCGAGUCCAUAGAUACCGGAUCAGCCAUCCAAAAAAUCGAACAAGAUGCAUCGGCUUUGCAUAAUUCAGACCAAGUUCCUUCCAACGAAGCCGUGAUACAACUCCUUGAGAGAUGCCAGCAUCUCACCGAAUCCUUAGUAUCGCAAGAGCACGAAACCUCCGAAGGCUCCAGUAGUGAGGAUGGAAAUGCGACCUCGUCGUUGCUGGACAUGCAAGAGAAGAGCGCCAGGCCCGCACAGCAAGUCCAGUCAAUCAACCUGGAUCCCCGACAAGCAGACGCGAUCGCCCGUAUCACCACCGAUCUACUAAAGGACGAGAAAGUUUUUAUCACUCCAGAAGCCUUGGAAAGCUACACCAAGACUCAAACUCUUUUGGAGCGAGUAGAGCAUCUCCCUGAGAUUUUCCACCUAUACGCCAACAAGCCCGUUCCAGAAGAAGGCAGCUCGCCAGUCAAAUUCCUCAAGGCGAAGCCAAAGAGCAUCAACAGCGCUGUUCCCGCCGAACUGGCCGAUAUGGCUCUGAACGUGGCUAUCGCACAGAAAAACCUCUCGCUAGUUCUGGCCAUCAUCGACAACACCUUCUGUGCGCCUGCUUUCCCCCGCGCCAAGAUCUUUAAGAAGGCCAGUGUUCCCUUGGUUGGCUUAGCUGCUGCCCCGGCCGCAUGCUAUGCCCUUGCCUCGUGGGCAGCAACAUUCCAGAACACUAUGGAUCCUAGCACUGCGACUGGUAUUGCUUUUGCUGCCUCCCUGGCUUACGUUGGUGGUACAUCAUCUCUUGGAAUCAUGGCUAUCACUACGGCUAAUGACCAGAUGGAGCGAGUGGUUUGGUUGUCUGGCAUCCCCCUGCGCCAGCGCUGGUUGCGUGAAGAGGAACGGGCGGCUAUGGAUAGGGUGGCGGUUGCUUGGGGAUUCAAGGACCCAUAUAUGCGUGGCGAGGAGGUCGGUGAAGAGUGGGAGAGUCUCCGCGAAUUCAUUGGCAUGCGCGGCAUGGUUCUGGAUAAAACAGAGUUGAUGGAAGGCAUGCAAUAA